AUGCUUCGAAGAUGGCGAACGAGAGCCGUGCUGUUAUGCAUCGCCUUCCUCUUUCUACCCUUACUCGAGCCCGUGGAGGCCCGAGUGCCUGGCAUACGAUUUAUGAGUGAUCCGAUCGAGUUGCUGCUCCAGGAUAGCUACUCUUCCCUGAAGCGGAAGAGCGCCUACAACCGCGACAAACCGCCGCGCACAAGGAUCAUUGUGCGAAAACGCAAAUACAACCCCCUGCCGACAUUCUACACGUCGAAUUUCGGGUUUGCCCCGAUUUCGCUGCAUCGACGCCAGAACUCGUUGCCGUAUACGGAAUUGCUUUUCGCCGGCAGGCGA